AUCGUUACCAGCGCACCACGCACUACCGAAAUACCAACUAGAUCAUAUUUGUUUGCUAAGGAUCCGACUGAAAUCGAUAUAAUCAUCAGUUUUCGCUGGGCGCAAAGCUUAUUGUUCAACCACUUCCCACGCGCGACAAUGAGUGGCAUCGCCAGUUCAGAUGUCACUCUGUUGACAGAGCACUUAACCUAUCGACCAGCUGUAAGUUACACUCUCCACGCCUCAUGGCAUAUCUUAAAGACUAAUCCCAUACCCAGGCUCUAAUAGACGACAUAAUAAACAGCAUAAACAUCCUCGCCUUCCGCGCAACCGAAGCAGUAGAAAAAGGCCUCCUAGCCGCCGACCCAGCAGACAUAGGCUUCCGCAAACCCUCCGCAAGCAAAGAUAAAGAUCCCGCCGCAUCUACAGCCCUCAUUCGCGCAAAAGCAAAUCACGAGAUCGAAAAUGGGGUUCACCAGCUCGAAACCCUCCUCGAGGCUAAAAUCGACAAGAAUUUCGAUAGAUUGGAAAUUUACGCGCUGCGGAAUAUAUUGAGUGUCCCGGCUGAGGUGCGGACAUGGGUACGAUUGAGCCAUUACGAGGGAUUGAAUUUUAGCUAUGAUAAGGAUGCGCCGAAUGUGGAGAGUGUUACGGUGCAGCGGAAGAGGCUGAGGGAGACGCAGAAGUUGCAGAGGAUGUUGGAAACGGAGGUGGAGAGGAACGAUGCUACGAUUGCGGCGCUCAAAGGGCUACUUGGGAAAAAAGAGGGCGCGGAGGGAGAGGAUUAUCCUUCUUUCGCGUUUUUACAGAACAAGGGGGAGUUAACAGGAGAUGUUUCGAAGCCUGUGACGACUACUACUUCUUUUGCGCUUUCGCAAUUACCCGCUCUGAAGGCCUUGCUGGCGAAUCUACAACCGCGACUCGAGAAACUCACUAACGGGAAUGGAAAAGAAGGGUUAGUGGGAGAAGAAGAGAAGAGUUGGAGAAAGGGUAGAUUGGAGUUUGUUGAGAAAGAAACAAGGAAACAUCUCGAAAAUGUGAGGGGCCUCGAGCUUGACGGAAUGGGAGAGGUCAGAGAUGGAGAGUGGCAAGGGGAGGGACGGAAAAUUGGAAAACAAGAAGUCGAGGACUUGGAGAAAGUUGUUGGUAUGGUCUCAGAUAAACCAACUGAUGGGGGUUCGUAACUAUACCUUUUUUUCUGCAUUGAAUCCAUGAUAAUAUUGGAUAUUUAAGGAGUUUGGGCGACUGUGGAAAAUACCAGGUUUCUGUUUGGCGUUUUGGGUAGGAUUUCAGCCUGAUUUUUGUUCAAUGAUGAAGCUUUUUCGAAGCAAAGACUGGCUUUAACAAUAUCACAAUUUGAACUUCCCCAUACUUUUUACGAUAUUGGAAGGGUCACCGGAUCAUGGAAUCAUCGUUCGAUGAAGACUCCAGGAACCCCUUUUCCUUCUGGAAACAUUCGAAUACUUGGCCUGCUCUGCGAGAGAGUUGAUGAUAGUUUACCCAGAUACUUGCAGGGAAGCUUGCAAAAAGCGACCAC